GAAAAAGGAGGCGAAUCGGGGAGGUGGUCGAGUGAGGAGGUGCCUGUGUGUGUAGGCCACACUGCAAGAUCUUGGUGCUGCUUGCCGUCGUCGAUUGUCCAUUGCGAAGUAAGCUUACGAGGCAUUGCGGCGAGAGAUCAUUCAUUCUGCGUGUGUGUGUGUGUGUGCUGCUUCGCUUUGGAUGCAGAAUGAGUCAUGAGGAGGGCCAGAAUGGCCCGACUGCAUCGACUGCGUCCGACUCGUUGGCAGCCGUUGAUGAUGCGGAAGAUCCCCUCACGCAGGCAAUGAAGACUCUCACCGAUGCCUACUGGGUACACAGAGAGAAAGGAAAGAGGCUCACCCACUCAGUCAUGCUCGCACAGACCCACAUCAAUGAGUGGAUGGAUGGAUGGAUGUAGGUGUAUCCGACGUCGCGGCCUCUGAGGGAUCUGAAGAACCUGCCCAAGUCCAAGAGGAAGAAACCAACUGCAGCCACCACAGAUGCCGACGGCAGACAGAGAGAGAGGUGCCCCCCACACACACCGCACAUCAACACAACAACGUAUUAGUCAUUUGUGUGUCGGUCGGUUGAUUUGCUGUGUCCCUCAUUGGCUGCAAGGAUCAGUGUGUCGUCCGGCCCUCCCCCCGGCCCCCUGGAAGCGAUGCACAUGUACGCCCCGGCACUGAGCCAGCAGAUGGCCACAGACCAGUCACGGCGGGAGAACCAACACACAACUGCCACCGCCGCCCCACCGAGUCAAGAGCAGCAGCAGCAGCAGGCACCCGAGCUAGCGUCACAUCAGCCCUACCAGCAAUCCUCGUUGCUCGCGCCCCCCUUGGUGCUAUCGCCGGCUUUGCUGCGCGAGAACCCUUCCCUUUUGGCUCAGGUGAGGGCCGUCGUGCGGCAAGCAGAGGAGGGGCACCAAUCAGACGAGCAGCAAGAGGGCGGCCACGCCGCUGCUGCUGCCGCCGCUGGUGGUGGUGGUGGUGUGGGUUCGUCGGCAUCUGUGGUGCUGGACGUCGGUGAGUGCUCUCUCUUUCGACGCACAUGUGACACAUCGCAUACGGCUGCCAUGGUGCUCUCUGCCUAUGAGUGUGUGUGUAGGUGUGAGCGGGAUGGAGGGGCUGCUGUCGUCAUGGUACUACGCAGGCUACUACACUGGCAGACACGCGGUCAGUGAGAAGGAUAACGAGGGAGGGAGGGAGGGAAAGAGCGAACAUUGUGGAUGGAUGGAUGGAUGGGUGGCAUGCAGGCGUAUCAGGAGAUGCAGCAGGCGUGGCAAAUGCAGGCCGCAGAGCAGAGGAAGACUGACACGUGAGCGUAUCGACCUGACCUGACCCAGUCAGGUCACGUGUGUGUACAUAUAUAUCCGGUGCAAUGGACGCUUGACGGACUCAUUGUUACAAUUAGUGACAUCUCCCGGCUUGGCUGUCAGUGCAUCCAUGCGUACAAUGAUUGGCGUAAAAGGUAUAGAC